AUGGCAAUGACGGACAUAGAGUGGGGGAGCUCAAAUCGAGCCGAGUCUGGGUCCCCAUUCUCUGACAUAAUUGAACUGAAUGUUGGGGGACAGGUGUAUGUGACACGGCACAUAACUUUGGUCGCCGUUCCAGACUCGCUCCUCUGGACCAUGUUCAGCAAGAAGGCUCCAAAGGACCUGGCGCGAGACGGCAAAGGGCGCUACUUCUUGGACAGGGACGGUUUCUUGUUCCGUUAUAUUUUAGACUACCUGCGGGACCUCAACCUGGUGCUGCCUGAUUAUUUCCCCGAGAAAAGCCGGCUGCAGAGGGAGGCUGAGUUUUUCCAGCUGCGGGACCUGUCCAAGCGCCUGAGCCCCAGUAUGAGCAAAGAGAACUCCAUCAACGAGGAGAUUUGCCAGAGCGACACCGAGGAGGGUGCGCUUCAGUGCGGCACCGGGUCCUCCGGCGUUGGCAUGGAAACUUUGCGCAUGAUGACUGCAAUGAGCAGCGCUCGCUCCCAGUCUCUGGAGUCCAGAAAGUCGGGCUACAUCACAAUUGGAUACCGGGGAUCGUACACUAUAGGGAGAGAUAUCCAAACCGACGCCAAGUUCAGGAGAGUGGCGCGCAUCACGGUAUGCGGGAAAACUUCCCUUGCCAAAGAAGUGUUCGGGGACACUUUGAAUGAGAGCAGGGACCCCGACCGGCCACCGGAGAGGUAUACGUCCCGUUACUACCUGAAAUUCAAUUUCCUUGAGCAGGCGUUUGACAAGCUGACCGAGGUUGGCUUUCACAUGGUAGCUUGUAGCUCCACGGGCACAUGCGCCUACACCAGCAAUGACCCAAACGAGGAUAAAAUCUGGACGAGUUAUAACGAGUAUGUGUUCUGUCGGGACUAA